UUGAGGUGCGCAUCAAGACACCGACCGACCUACCUACCUACCUACCUACCUCUACCUACCUACCUUCUUCGGGCGUUGUCGGUGGGCGGGGAACGCAAGGAUGCGAAGGAUGCUGCUACUACAACAUCAACGAACAUACAUACAUACAAACAUACGCACAAACUACAGAGAACAACCAUACCUCGCGUCUAGCUAUCCAGCCAGCCAGCUAGUUCUCUCAGAGGGAGGCUGCACACGGGGAACGCGUCGAGUCGGCUUGCUGAGUCCCGUUGGAGGCGGCCGUUGGCGUGCUACCUUGCCUACUUACAUACAUACCCACCUAUCCUAUCCUGUCCUGGCCCCGACUCUUCUACUUCUCCCCAUCUCCAUCCCCAUCCCCAUCUCCAUCCCCAUCUCCAUUGCUAUCAGCCUCGGCACCGGCAUCGGCAUUGGGGGCGGCGCGGCUCAGCUCGGGUGGGGCCGGCUUGGGUUGUGUUGGGCGCGCUGUUGGAUUCAGCUGAGCUGAGUUGCGUUGCGCUGUUGCGGGCGGGGGCGGACUUGGUUGGUUGGUUGGUUGGUUGGGUAUGACGUAUGCCGGAGGUCGGCGCCUACCUCCUACCUACCUACCUUCGUUAUGGUCCUCCCUCUACCUAGGUAGAGUACCUACCUAUUAUCCUAGGUACUGCUCUAGGCACCCACCUACCUGC